AUGUCCCUCUCCAAGCAUGCGAAGACGUACUUGGCGAACCAGUCGAAGUACAGACACUUCAACGCGUUUAAUUCCCUCGUCGAAGCGUCCAUCCUCCAAAGCAGCGAUGCCUCCAAAUCCCGUACCCUCCGCCGCCAACCCGACAGCGUCGCCGACAAGCCAAUCGCAAUAAAGGACAACAUCUGCACGAAGAAACUAAAGACUACUGCUUCCUCUGGGAUCCUCAAAGACUUUAGCAGCCCAUAUGACGCGACGGUGGUGAAGCUGCUACAAGAUGAAGGUGCCGUGGUGGUAGGCAAGACGAACAUGGACGAAUUCGGCAUGGGAUCGCACUCGACACAUUCACACUUCGGACCAGUGAAGAUGCAGAGAUACAAAGGAGAGGAUGCAAGUGCGGGUGGAAGCUCAGGUGGAAGCGCGCUUGCUGUUGCGUCGUCGCAAUGUUGGGCCUACGGACUGCUGUCGAGAUGGGGCGUGAUUGCCUAUGCGAACUCUCUGGAUACUGUCGGGAUCUUUGGCAAGAACGUGGCGAGUGUGAAGAGCAUUUUCUCCAAGGUCAACAUCCACGAUGCGCAGGAUCCGACGUCCGUUCCCAACACAACCCGAGCAAAAUUCCGUACAGGGAAGCGACCAACUUCGUUGAAGAUAGGCAUUCCUCUUGAUUACAACAUCGACACAUUGCAGCCCGCUGUCCGAAAGGCAUGGAUUGACCAACUCAGACAUCUGUGGAAUGCUGGUCAUACUUUGCACCCUAUUCGGUUACCCACAACACAACAAGCACUAUCAGCCUACUACGUCCUUGCGCCAGCCGAGGCAUCGAGCAACCUCGCAAAGUACGAUGGCGUGCGUUUCGGAAGUAGAGCCGAGGGCAUCGAUGGUACACCAGAAAGUGUGCUCUUUGCUAAAACCCGGGGUCAAGGUUUCGGUCCGGAGGUUCAGCGGCGUAUACUCCUUGGAGCCUUUUCACUAAGCGCCCAGGCUAUCGACAACUACUUCAUACAAGCACAAAAGAUUCGGAGGCUCGUACAACAAGAUUUCAACGGGGUGUUUGCCAGUCCAAACCCGUUGCUCGAUGCCGAAGAAACCGUGGCAGAAACAGAAGGAGUGGACGUGAUCAUAUGCCCCACAGCUCCAUCAACGGCACCGUCUUUGGCUGAAGUCGAGAAUCAGGAUCCAGUCCACUCCUACAUGAACGAUGUCUUCACCGUACCAGCUAGUCUUGCCGGGCUGCCAGCAAUCACUCUUCCCACAUUUACUCCUUACAAGGAAAAGAGCCAGAGUUCGACGGUCCCGGAUUCAUUCUUCAAUUCUGUAGGACUGCAGAUCAUUGGUCAAUACGGAGAUGAUGAACUCGUUCUGUAUACUGCAGAACAGAUGGAGAUUUUCAGAAGUACUCCGCAGCCCAAUGGCAGACCGGAAACAACCGCAUGGGGCGGUGGUCUUGAAUGGCUUGUGGACGAAUUCCUUCAAGCGCUAGGGCCCAGACGUCUUGACGCCGGUGCUGCUAUGUGUGAGAUGAGCCGAACAGCGUAUGUGGCCACUUUCGCUGAUAAGAAGAAUCCGCUUGCUGCUGAGAGGAAACAGUUUGAGGCGGUUCAAUACAUUCGGGGAAUAUGGGGUCAUGUGUAUGACGAAGGUCGGAUAUAG